AUGUGGAUAUCAACGUUAGAAUUCCUGUUCCUUGUGGCGUUGGCAACCUCCACUGUCGCUGGUAGUUCCGGCAGUGCUAGCAGUGGCAAAACAACGUUUCAAACUCAGUUGAUAUUCACACACCGACUGGACCUUUCUGCAGAAGUCUACGAGCAAGGGCUUCCAUUCAACGCGAAAACGAUGGAGGAGUGGAUUCCAGCAGAAGAUAUCGCCCAACUGGAAUCCCUCCUCUUGGAUACCCUUAACCGACCACCACCACCACCACAUGUAGAGACGACAGACGACUCAGAGCCGGCACAAAUGACACAAAUAACCUCUGUCCAUGCGGAAUCCCAAGGCUUUCAUCUUCUUAAGAUAUUUCCCCGAAAGAACAAUAACCCUGAGGUCAUACAGGUCGAGGUGGAAAUCACCUACACCAUUCAUGGUCUCUGCCAAGGUCCCAGCUGUACCAGUACCGGCAUGGAGGAAAAGCACGACAAUCAAUACAAUAUUGCGGGAGUUUUGCCACCCGAAAGGCGACUCCGAGGUCAGGGAGAACAACCACUGCCACAACAACUAGAACAACAACAACAACAACAACAACAACAACAACAACAACAACAACAAGGCCAGGACGCGAAACCAACGGCCACUGGAUAUCAUCCGAGAAUGCAAGAAGCGUUGCUACAGAGGGCACAGUUACGAAUACUCACAAAACAACCACACAGCCACCAUGAUACUGAUAAUAUCGUCUCGGAGAAAACAAAACAUUCUAGGUGGAACGAUCUCCUGGAAGGAAUUCAAUCCAUCCGGGCACCACCACCCAAGAGAAGCCACCGAGAUCUGCAGAAUAGUGAAGCUUUGAUUAAUGUUGUCGAAGUCGUGUGUGAUCCACUGGUCCAGUCACUGGAAACUUCCAUUAGCAUUGAUCUCCCAGGAGAUUGGAGGCAUUUGAUAAAUCAUCAUGACAGCCACAACAACAAGACCAUUACUAUUGCCAAUGAGACCAUGACGGUGGUGGCUGCCCUCAAUGUGUCGUUUGUGGAAACCUACAAUGCUCUCCUAUUUCCACUUUGUGACUGGCCUCAUUUUAGAAAAGUCUCUGGAGCACAAGCCCAAACAGCCACCGUUUUUGAUCCCUUUGGAAAUACCACCACAGUGGCCUUUGACGUGCUGGCAGAGUGCCGGAAUUGUGGCCCGGACACGCCACUUUUUCAAGUGAUUCAUGAUGCCACAAAUGGUUCUUCCGUGCUCUCGCCAACAAGCACCUCAACAGUUCGAACGGAAGCAUCCAAUGUGGUUGUCCGACAAGGUUUGGGAUUGACAGAUGAUGGAUGUCUCUGUCCCAGACCCGAUGAUACUACAGUGUUCCGUGCUCCCACAUUGGAGGAAUUCACGGCAGCAUUCCUAUCAGAACUGGCUAAGAUCGAGCUUCCACCACAAGAGGAGGAUUACAAGGAACUAAAAGAUGUGCCAUGUGCCUCGGAUGUGCGGGAGUUCACUUCUUAUGUCUUUUUGGACUUUACGAUGAAUCGCAGCAGUAAUUUCCAAACUAUUCCUGAACAAGAUCGGAAUGUUUUGGCGCAGAGUUUCACAAGUCUGUACAACCAGCUUUCCUUCCAGUCCUGCGAUCCAUUUUUUCGCAAUGUGUUGGCAGCAAAACUGGAACUUAAUACAGAUGCCGCCCUUGUUCGACGGCAGCUCCAAAAACAGAGGAAUCUCGAUAUUUUUUUUGCCAACACGACCUCUAAGAAUGGCACCAACGUUACCCAAAUCCAAACAGAAACACAACAACGCCCACAACUCAACGAAACAACACCAGAAAUAGUUGCCAGAGCCACAACUGGAGCUGUCUUUGAAGUCACUGGUCGCUGUCGUGGUUGUCCCUGUCAGCGAUGUAUGGCAAGCUAUUGGAGCUGUUUGAAUGCACAUUUUCGUCGUCACAGUCCUCGUUGA